GAAAACGUCCCCUUUAAACAUUAAAUUAACGAUUUCUGUUUAUCAGGUCUCAAGUAAGACAAGUGAUCUGCUCAGAAUAAGCUGCUUUUGGACUUCCUCUUUUAUUUCUACCCUGAGAACUUCAGAAGGCAGUGACUUAGACUGGACCUGAUUCCUUAUACAGCAGUGCACGCUUGAGAAGAAGAUGUUCUACCAGAACCACAGUCCAGAAGUUGUAAGGAGAGGAAAUGGGAUUGAGUUUAAAAAGAAUGGGUUCUUUGGAGAUAGUAAAGAGGAGACGUCACUCAAGGUCACCCUGCUUGGCUAUAAGGUUAUGGAGCAGAAGACAAAAUACACAGUCUAUAAGAUCCUGGUAAAGCGAGCGCCGGACCAGAGCUGGGUCAUUUUUAGACGAUACACAGACUUCUCACAACUACAUGACAAGUUAAGGGAGAUGUUUCCCUUAUUUACCUUUUCCUUGCCACCCAAGCGCUGGUUUAAGAACUUUAGUGCUGAAUUCCUGGAGGAGAGAAAACUAGCCCUUGAAGACUUUCUGCAGAAUCUGGUUGCCAACAAAGAUGUGAUUAAUAGUGAAGCAGUCAGAUGGUUUUUAUGCUUAGAUGAACCACCUGCAGCCAUUGACGGUCUUGACGUAAGUGUGAAUUCAUAUUUACUUCAAUUGCUUUCAGUGAAUGUUUUGCACAUAUUUAUUAGCUCCAGGCACACAUCAGCUUAUAAUCACAUUCCUAACCACAAACAAAAAAAUGUAUUUAAAACACACAAUGGAUAAAUUCCUUUCUCUUGCUAUUUGUUUACAAGGCCUGUUGCGACACCAAUUAUUGCCUUCAAAGACCAUCAGUGGAGAGGAAGUGUGAAAUUGAGACCCUGAGAAACUUCCUGGUGCACAAGGAGCUUCAAAUUAGCAGGCCUGAGAGAGCAAUGAUGUAAAGUAA